UCUAUACAGAAUGGACGGCAGAGUUUUAUUGGACACCAGCUGGGUGGUGUUGCCGAAGUGCCGAACAGCAAGGAUCAGCGGGUCAAAUCCGCCAGAGCCAUCCAAAUGACCUACUACCUCCAGAACUAUGGCUCUGUGACCCAGGACCACAUUAAUGAGCAGUGGGAAAAUGAAUUUUGCACACUAAUUCACCAGCUGCAAGAGGAACACCCAGACAUUCAACUAUAUUCAAUGACGUCGUUCAGCUUGCUCAGAGACUUCCAGAAAACCAUAGAGUUGUCUAGAAGUAAGAUAGUGGUGAGUCUCAUGCUGGUCCUUCUGGCUGCCACUCUCUCCAGCUCUAUGAAAGACUGUCUACGCAGCAAGCCUUUUCUGGGCCUACUUGGAGUACUAACAAUCUGUAUCUCCAGUGUCACCGCGGCAGGGAUAUUUUUCGUUACCAAUGGAAAAUACAACUCGACUCUGCUGGGAAUACCAUUCUUUGCCAUGGGUCAUGGAACAAAAGGAGUUUUUGAGCUUCUUUCUGGAUGGAGGAGAACCAGAGAGAGUUUACCUUUUAAAGACAGGGUAGCAGAUGCCUACUCUGAUGUAAUGGUGUCAUAUACAAUGACCAGUUCUCUGUACAUCAUCACAUUUGGAAUGGGCGCUAGUCCUUUUACAAACAUUGAGGCAGUGAAGAUAUUUUGCCAGAACAUGUGCAUUACUAUCGUCCUAAACUAUUUCUAUGUUUUCUCCUUCUAUGGUUCGUGCCUAGUCUUUGCUGGCCAACUGGAGCAAAAUCGAUAUCACAGUAUCUUCUGUUGUAAAAUUCCUUCCGAGGAAUAUUUGGACAGACAACCAAUAUGGUUUCAAACAAUGAUGAGCGAUGGGCAUCAGCAUUCGACCCACCAUGAGCCAGACCCUUAUGAGAACCAUUUCAUUCAUCAUUUUCUAAGAGAACAUUAUAAUGACUGGAUCACAAAUACAUAUGUCAAACCCUUCGUGGUCAUAUUAUACCUCAUCUAUGCAUCAUUCUCAUUCAUGGGCUGCCUCCAAAUUAGUGGUGGAUCGAACAUUAUAAACCUUCUAGCAAGUGACUCUCCCAGUGUUUCUUAUGCUUUUAUACAACAAAAGUACUUUAGCAACUAUAGUCCUGUGAUUGGAUUCUAUAUCUAUGAACCCCUUGAAUACUGGAAUGCAACUGUUCAAGAAGACUUGAAAACCAUAACUCAUGGAUUCAAUACGGAAUCUUGGAUUGAGCAGUUCUACCAGUUUCUAAAGGUUGGCAAUAUUUCUGCAUCAAACAAAACAGAUUUUAUUAAUGUUCUCCAGAAUGUUUUCUUGAGGAAACCAGAAUUUCAGCACUUCAGAAAUGACAUAAUUAUUUCUAGGUCAGGAGAUGAAUUGAAUAUCAUUGCAUCCCGGAUGUAUCUGGUAGCUAGGACUAGUGAAAACACACAAUGGGAAGUGGUUGAGCUCCUUGAAAAGCUGAGGCCACUCUCAUUGAUACAAAGCAUAAAGUUUAUCGUCUUCAACCCCACCUUUGUUUUUAUGGAUCACUAUGGCUUAGCAGUGACAAUGCCAGUCAUUAUCUCUGGUUUUAGCAUCUUGCUGGUGUUAAUUUUAACCUUCUUCUUGGUCAUUCAUCCUUUGGGAAACUUCUGGCUGAUAAUCACUGUCACUUCUAUUGAGUUGGGGGGUGUUGGGUUUAAUGACAUUAUGGAACGUUGA